AUGGAAAGCAGAGCAGUACACACGUGCGCGCGCGGCGCGGCGCGGAGCACACUCCUAGGUAACCCUUCACCGAUCCCAUCAGUCUGGAUCGUGGACUCUGGACUCUUUGAAGGCGACAAGAAAACCGCACCGGCGCAGACAGACCGUCGUACCGUCACCUCACUUUCUCUCAACGUCCAUGCACACACGCACAAUCUCGUCGUCAUCGUGUUUCUCCUCCAAUCCCGAAACCUCUGCCUUCCCGACCCAACAGAAUAUGACACAAGCCUGUACCACGGCGGCCUGCUUUGCAAAUCGCACGACAGGAUUCGCUUUGUGUGA